GAAAUUCAUCUCUCCCUUUGUUUGAUCUGCAAGAAUCGGGAAAAUGGCAGAGUCGAAGGUUGUAGUUCCAGAGUCAGUGCUGAAGAAGAGGAAGAGAGAGGAGGAGUGGGCUCUCGCUAAGAAACAGACCGCCGAAGCUGCCAAGAAGACCAACGCCGCCAACAGGAAGCUUAUCUACAAAAGAGCCGAACAGUACGCCAAGGAGUACGCCGAGAAGGAGAAGGAGUUGAUCUCGUUGAAACGUGAGGCUAAGCUUAAAGGUGGUUUCUAUGUUGACCCUGAAGCGAAGCUCUUGUUCAUCAUCCGUAUUCGUGGUAUUAAUGCUAUUGACCCAAAGACAAAGAAGAUUCUUCAGCUUUUGCGUCUCAGACAGAUCUUCAACGGUGUGUUUCUGAAAGUCAACAAGGCUACAAUGAACAUGCUUCGUCGUGUUGAGCCUUAUGUGACCUAUGGAUUCCCUAACUUGAAGAGUGUUAAGGAAUUAAUCUACAAGAGAGGAUACGGAAAGCUUAACUCCCAGAGGGUGGCUUUGACUGACAACUCCAUCGUUGAGCAGGCUUUGGGUAAACAUGGGAUCAUCUGCACUGAGGAUCUGAUUCACGAGAUUCUAACAGUUGGACCUCAUUUCAAGGAGGCCAACAACUUCCUGUGGCCAUUCCAGCUCAAGGCACCCCUCGGCGGUCUUAAGAAAAAGAGGAAUCACUACGUUGAAGGUGGUGAUGCCGGCAACCGUGAAAACUUCAUCAAUGAGCUUAUCAGGAGGAUGAAUUAGAAGAGAUGUCUGUCGUAUUAUCUAUGAACUUGACUACUUCACCAUGUGUUUGCUUCUGGAUUUUGAUAUUUUCUCUUAUGUUAAAAGACAUUCGGAGCUUUCUCUGCUAUUAUUGUGUUUGGAUUUUAGCGGUUGAUGAACUUAUUUUUUCUACGCAUUA